UCCUGUCCGAGACCGGGCCGCCUCCGUGAACAAGCCAAUGAGAGCGCGCCGGUCCCUUUGGCGGACUUAUUUCAUAUCAACUUUAAUCUAUUCUUGGAGCUAAAUCAUUUUGGAAUGUCUGCUGCAGCUACAGAAGAUGAGGUCCCAUCACUUUUAUGGGGUUUGAAUCCCAUAUUUUCAUGCUUUGCAAGACUAUACAUUAAAGACAUAUUAGAAAUGAAAGAGUCUAAACAGAUUCCAGGUAUAUUCUUUUACAACAGACAUCCAAUAAGACAAGUGGAUAUUUUUGGUACAGUGAUAUUAAUAAAAGAAAAAGAUUCCUUUUAUAUUUAUGGAGUGGAUGAUAGCACUGGCGUAAUAAGCUGCACCUGUUGGAAAAAUGCUUUAGCAGAAAAGAAAGAAUUGCCAGAUUUGGAAACUCAGCCUAGUACUUUAAGUAGUCUGAAUCUAACUGACUUGAUAAGAAAUCUCCAAAUAACAAUUCGAAAAAAAACAAGUCUGGAAAUUGGUGAUCUAAUCAGAGUCCGUGGUUACAUUCGAAUUUACAGGCAACAACGGGAAAUUAAGUCUUCCAUGUAUUAUAAAGUUGAUGACCCUAUGUAUGAAACUCAAAUUUCCAGAAUGCUAGAAGUUCCCCGUUUAUAUAGGGAUAUUUAUGAUAAGAUAUUCCAGUUCCCGGAAGAAACACAGUGGUCAGUGAACACUAUACGUAAUCAUGGUGCAUCAGAUGAACUGGGUUCUGUUAUGAAUCUGAGUAAAAAAAUAAGGGAUUUUCUAUUGAAGAACAAAAUUCAGAGCUUCUAUAAGCAGGAAUUAGAAACAGUUGAGGAUUUGGUAUCAUUGGCCAAACAAGAUGAACUUGGUACCACUGCUGAGCAAACAAGUUCCAAAGCUGGUCCAUGCUCCAGACUGAUUAGAGAGUCAUUCAUGGAAGCAAUAAAAUUAUUGCAGAAAGAUGGUGUUCUUUUUCAAAAAUCAAAGACUCCCCAGAAUAUGUAUUAUGUUACUGAACAGGAUACAGAAUUGCACAAAGUAACUCUUGAAGUUAUCAGAGCUAAUUGUAAGAGACCAAAAUAUGCUGAAAAAGGGUGCCACCUUCGUCACAUACUCUGCUGUAUUCAGCAAAAUUAUAAUCCUUAUAUCACUGAACCUGUUGUCCGUUGUCUCCUUGAUUGGUUGGAGAUCAACAGUGAUGUUGUCACUACCAUGGAAGAAUACUAUACAGUCUUUUAAUCUAAGGGAAUACAAUGGAUGCUUGGAGUCAAACAUUCUCCAGUGAUCUACAGCAUCAAAGAUUUUACUAUGUACCUGCUGAGCUAUUUUUCUUAUUUAGAAGGUAAUGCAGAAUACAAAUCAUUUUAUUUUGUGGUAUUCCUGGUAGAUAUCCUUGUCUGAAACAUUUCUACUUUCUCUAGUCUAAGAGGAAAAGGUGCUAAACAGUGAUAUAAAAUUAUGUUGCAAGUGCCCCCUUGUGGUCAGAUAGAAUUAAAAAGAACAAACUUUGGCUUUGGACCA